GACGUCAAUCUACUAUCGUGUAAAAAUUGCGCAAGCCACACAGGCGCAUGAAAGGAUCGUAACUUGACAGAACUCGUUGCCUAAUCCCCAAAUCUGUUUUCAAUCCACACUAACCUUAGCAAGAUGGCGCAAGAGUCGCAUAACGUUGGUCCCGCGGAAGGGUUCGAUCACAGGUUUACGAUCAUUUUCCUGCAUGGAAAGGGAAGCGACUGCGACGAAUUUGCCAGUGAGCUCUUCGAAAGUGAGGUCUCGGAGCAGCUGUCGCCGCAGAAACCACGAACUCUCGACACGUUGUUUCCUUCCGUCCGCUGGGUCUUUCCUUCGGCGCCACAGACACACUGUGAGCGCUUUGGCGGCACAGAAUCCCAGUGGUUCGACAUGUGGGCCGUCGAAAACCCAAAUGAACGGUUUCAGUCCCAGGUGGAGGGAUUGAGGCAGAGUCUGAAGAUGCUCAGGGAGGUUCUUGCGAGGGAGGAAGCGCUGCUGCCGCGGGAGAGAAUUUUCCUUGCUGGCAUCAGCCAGGGAUUCGCCACCGCCGUUGCGGGCGCUCUCCUGGCUGGGGGCACCUUUGCAGGGCUCGUAGGCCUGUGCGCGUGGAUGCCGAGGCGGGCGUAUGAGGCCAUCCAGGCCUCCAAGGGACCCGAUCGCGCAUCAUAUGCCUUGACGUUGAUGAAAACGCCUAUCUUCCUUGGGCACUCGAAAGGUGACGGCGUGGUCCCCGUUGAGAACGGGCGCGACCUUCGAGACUACCUCUCGGAGAGCAGAUCCGCAAUACAGUGGCACGAGUACGAGUCGAAUGAGCAUUGGGUCGUGGAACCGGAGGGCGUUGAUGAUCUAGUCAUGUUUCUCAGGUCGCACAUGAGACGUUUAUCACAACCCAGAAUUGACUAUUCAACCAGUGCGUCUUAUUCCCUCACAGCGAUGACUGGCGCAGAACUAGGUUAGAUUAAGAUGGACUUGGUUGGUGAUUUGCUGUAGGCAUGGUUAA